AUGGAUGAUGAUGAUUCGGUGUUGAUAUCGAGUAUACGAAGUCAGUUAGAUCGUCUUAUGGAUUCGUUGGAUAACGAUGAAUACUUGGAAAUGAAGAAUGAAACAAUAGAGCAGUUGAAGGAACUGGAACGUACAUUGGAUCGUAUGAAAUGUGGUGAUUUUUCGUUAACUGAUGAGCUAACUGCUACAAAAAUGGCUAUUCAAAAUGCAAUCAGUGAAGCAUUUAAAACGCCGGAAAUUGUGGCAAUUUUUGCCAAAAAAGAACCUGCUUUACUUCGGCAGAAAUUGAUGCAGGUAGAAGCCGAGCAUCGCUUACGAAAGAUAUCAGACGAAAUAUAUGAAGCUAAAAAAUUGGAAAUUCUGCAUGCUUUAUAUAAGUUAAACGAUCACUUAUCAGAUGAAGAACGAAGUAUUAUCGAAGCUGCCUCCAGAAUUUCUGAUUUUCAAUUUGAAUUAGCGUCCAACCGUUUGAGUUGCGAUGAGUCUAUUAUCAAUAUGAACUUGUAA